CCCUUUUCACACGAAAGAGCGUCGAUGGUGCUGAUGUCGCGGAUGCGGCACGUCGUGCAACGUGUAUCGCGGCCGAAGCGCGUGCUAUUUCGCUUCUCGUCCACGAAUGCUGCAGCAUCGCCCUGCGUAGACGAAGACCUGAUUGCCAACUUUCAACAGCUCUUGGAAAAGCGCAAGGUGACGGAAGCCAUGCAGAUAUUCCAGUCGCUCAAGAAACCUCCGACCACAGCGCUUUCUCAGCGUUUGGCGAUCAUGCUCGCGAAACGAGCGACUUUAAAAGACACGAAGGAUGCCAUCAAUGUGCUCAAGAGCGUCUACAUGAAUCCCGCGCUCAGACCCGAUGACAUUACAAAAUUGGCGUUCAUUUUUGUGUCGGAUGCAUGCUACCGCAACAAAAUGAUCAAGGAAGCUCUCGAGGUGACGGAAGAAGCGCACAACUUAGGGAUGCGGCUAGACUUGCCAGCUUACAACAACCUCAUCAACGCCCUUGUGGACGCCGGUCAGACCGACGAAGCAAUCUUGAUUCUGCAGGACAUUGCAGCAGGCGACGUGAUUUCCCCGGACGAAACAACGUACGCUGGGCUGGUGAACGCCAUCAUGUCACAGCGAGAGUUCUCGCAAGCCGUGGAAACCAUCAACCAGGCGCGGACAUCUGGCGUCAAGUUCUCUGGCGAGACGUACAUGUCGUUUAUGGCGACCCUUGCGGACGUCGAAGACGAUUCGGACGCGCUGGAUCGCCUGCUCUCAUACUUGGAAACAUCGAUGGACGAAGAUGGAGUCGAGGCAUUCGAAGAGUUUGAAAAUGCCAUGCUAAGUCACGACGAAGACGACGACGAUGACGACGACGAUGACGACGACGACAAUGGCGAAGGGGAUAACCUUGACGAAGAUACCGACGACAGUGGUAAUGCGUUGCAUUAAAAACUUGUGAAUUAGCUCGAUGGCGACCGGAGUCGGUGAGCGUUGCGCAGAUCC